UGCUGAGCCUGGCUCUGGCAAGGCGGCUCCAGCCACCGCUUCCAGCUCCGCAUCCCGGGAGAGUGAGCCGGCAGCCCAUCCCCGGUCCCCCCGCCUGUCCUUUCGGUCCGGUCACUUCGGGUCCCACCACGGAGGCCCUGGCUGGGUGCUCCCGGCCGGUGAGUGACAAAAGAUGCAGCGCUAGGAGACGCCGAUGGUGCUCACCUUGCUCGUCUCCCUCUAUAAACUGUGCCGGUUCACCAUGUCGUGUGCGGAGAGAUUGGUGGUGCCCGAGUGCGUGAGCCAGGCGGGCAGUUGGGCAGGGGCGGGCAGCUCCAGGGAGCACCAGGAGGUCUCCCCCGGGGUGAACACCGACGUUCGGGCAGCCCUGGACCGGAUCCUGCCUGCCCUACACCGGGCCAUUGCCCGUGCCAAGCAGGCCACCAGCCCUGCAGAGCUGAAGAAGGCCAUCGCUGAGGUUUUCCAGCUGGUGGAAGAAGCCUGGGGGAUGCCCACUCUGGGGAGGGAUGUGGCCAAGGUGCUGUGUGAUGUGAUCCGUCUGGAUGGGGGCCUGGACCUGCUGCUAAACCUGCUGUACACGGCGGAGCUGGAGACCAAGUGUCAAGCAGGAAAACUCCUGGAGCAGAUCCUGGUGGCAGAAAAUAGGGAUCGCAUCGCUCGGAUCGGUCUGGGAGUGAUUCUGAACUUAGCCAAGGAGCGAGAUGUCCCCCAGCUGGCACAGAGCAUCUCUGGUAUCCUGGAGCACAUGUUCAAGCACACUGAGGAGACCUGUUUCCAGCUCAUCUCUGAUGGAGGCCUGGAUGCCAUCCUCUACUGGUGCCGCUGGACGGACCCCAUCGUGCUGCGGCACUGUGCCAUGGCCUUGGCCAACUGUGCCAUGUACGGAGGCCAAGCCAACCAGCGCCUGAUGAUUGAGAAGAGGACAGCAGAGUGGCUUUUCCCACUGGUGUUCUCCAGGGAUGAUGAACUAAUCCGCCUGCACGCCUGCCUGGCCAUCACGGUGCUGGCCACCAACAAAGAAAUCGAGAAGGAGGUGGAGCGCUCGGGGACGCUGGCUCUGGUGGAACCCUUCAUCGCCUCCCUGGAUCCAGAGCAGUUCGCCUGCGAGAUGCUGGGCAGCAGUGACAACAGCCAAGGGAGGACAGCAGAUGACCUGCAGCGGCUGGUGCCCCUGCUGGACAGCUCGAGGCUGGAAGCUCAGUGCAUCGCUGCCUUCUACCUCUGCACCGAGGCUGCCAUCAAAACCAGGCAGAAGAAAACACAGAUUUUCAGCGAGAUUGGGGCCACACAGAGCCUGAAGAGGGUCGUGUGCUACUCCACCAGCAGCACCACCUCCUCCCUGGCCAAGAAGGUGCUGCGCAUGAUAGGGGAGGAGGUUCCACGACGCAUCCUGCCCACGGUUCCCAACUGGAAGCCCUGUGAGGUGCAGACAUGGCUGCAACAGAUUGGAUUCAACAAAUACUGCCAGAGCUUCCUGGACCAUCAGGUGGAUGGAGACAUUCUCCUGAGGCUGACAGAGGAGGAGCUGCAGAAGGAUUUGGGGAUGGACUCGAGCAUCACCCGGAAAAGGUUUUUCCGGGAGCUGACCGAGCUGAAGACCUUUGCUAACUACUCCACCUGUGACCGCAGCAACCUGGCCGACUGGCUGGGCAGCAUCGACCCCAAGUUCAGGCAGUACACCUACAACCUGCUGACCUGCGGCGUCAACCGCAACUUCCUGCACCGGGUGACGGAGCAGCAGCUGCAGGAGGACUGCCACAUCCACACAGGCUUCCACCGCGUCCGCAUCCUCACCGCUGCAAGGGAAACGCUUCACUCCCCUAUAACGCUGCAGACUGCAUCCAAUGGCACUGAUGUAUUUAUCAGCUACCGCAGGAGCACCGGGUCCCAGCUGGCCAGCCUGCUGAAGGUCCACCUGCAGCUGCACGGCUUCAGCGUGUUCAUUGAUGUGGAGAAGCUGGAGGCAGGGAAGUUUGAGGACAAGCUGAUCCAGAGUGUCAUGAGUGCCCGCAAUUUUGUGCUGGUCCUCUCACCAAAUGCAUUGGAUAAAUGCAUGGGAGACCCUGAGUGCAAGGACUGGGUGCACAAGGAGAUUGUGACAGCCCUGAACUCUGGAAAGAACAUUGUGCCUGUUACAGACCAUUUUGAGUGGCCAGAUCCAGAAACACUUCCCAAGGACAUGAGGGCUGUCCUGAAAUUUAAUGGCAUCAAGUGGUCCCACGAGUACCAGGAGGCCACAAUCGACAAAAUCAUUCGCUUCCUCCAGGGCCGUUCCUCCCGGGACUCCUCAGCUGGGUCAGAGAACGGCCUGGACUGCUUGCCCUCCCUGGGGCAGACCUAGAACCAGCACAGCUGCCUCAUCUCCUCUGGAGACUUCCCAGGUGACCCCUUUUAAUGUUGGGAUAAAUGUCCCUAUCUAGAUUUUUUUUUUUUCCCCCAUCUUAAUCCCCUGGCUUGAGACAAGGGCUCUUUAGCAUCCCCCUCACCGCCCACAAAUGGCUGCAGUUCCCCCAGAAACCUGCUCAAAGAGGAGGAAUCUUCUGAGGACCGAAAACUGGGGAGCUGGUGAGGGGUAUAUCACAAGAGGACAUGAGAGAGCGAAGAGCAGCUGAGAGACAACGGUCCAUAGGCAUCGUAUGGCCUCUGCUGGGUGCUGCAGGAAUAUCAUUGUGGUCAGAAGCUGAGAGCAGGAAAAGGCAAACAAAAGCUAAGCUCUAAGGAAAUCUUUGUGUUUGGGAAAGAUAACACAGAGAGGCUUCUAAACCGCUCAGAAGCUUUCUCUUUCCCAAUGUCCUUUUGUUAUGCCUCCCCCUUGAGGGCCUUUUGCCUCCUAAUGCUGCAAAACCACUUUGUGCUCUUAACUCUGGUGAUGGAAGUUUGGGGUUAGACCUCAUGAGGUUUCUGCAGGGUCUUUGCAAACAGUGCUUUUAAAAAAUAACCCUUCUCUCCACCUGGUGUCUCAUCUUUACCACUUCAUCAGGUCUAUACUUAAAGGGCAUAGGAAGCUGGACUGUGACUCUAGAAAACAUGUCCCUGCAGAUAUGGAAGAUGCUACCUGCUGUACUGUACUUGUGGAGUUACUAUACACUGGCUGGUUUUUAUUCUGUUGUUGGUACUCCACAGCAGAUCUCCCAUGGUCUGCUCCUGCACACAGCUCUUCUUUGACUACCACUCACCCCUGACAGCCCUGGCUAAGGUCCUCAGGCUCAGGGUUGUCCCUAGUCUCUGCUGGAUGCAAUACCAAGUAGGAUUGUUUUCCCCCUUCCAAUCUCUUCUCAACACCCAUCAGGUCUUUUUUCGGCUUGAAAAAUCAGGAAAGAACGAAGCUGAUGCCAAGGGCAGGUGGAGGCUGCUAGUGUGAGCUGGGAGCAGGUCUGGUGCUAACACUGCAGGUGAGGAACCAUGGGCACCCUGACACACCUCCCCCAGAUUCUGCACUCCCAGUCUUGUCUCAUUUCUCACACCUGCUUGGAGGGUGAGCAUGCUCACAACAUGCCAGUUAGCAAUUAGGAACAGAAAUCGCAGUUCCUACCUGAGUUCAUCUCUUCUGAUGCAGAGCAAGGUGGAUAAUGCAAAAAGACAUCCUUGUUCCAAGCAUGGACAGGAGGAAGAGCAUGCCAUGACCAGGGGAUACCUGCCUGCCUUGAUACCCACCCUGCAGAAGCAGCAAGCCCCUCUGCCUGUCCCUGCUCAAGAUAACUCGUAGGAGAUAAUGAGGAGUCUCAGCCACCCUAUCCUUCUCCUGGCUCUUCCUACAGCACUGCUGCCUGCUUAACUGGCAGCAAAGCAAACACAUCCCCUUUUGGCUUAGAUCCAUGAACAUUUGAGAGGGGAAAAAAAAAAGUUAAAUUCUGGUGCUUAACCACAGCUUUAUGGAUAGUUCUUAUCAACUCACACUUAAUGGCAUCUUUGCUCCCUAGUGAAAGGUUAAUAGCUAUUAUCUGCCCAGCACUCAUCAGAAAUAGAAUCUAUCUAAUCUCCAGAUUAAAUAGGAGAAAGCCAGCAGAUGAGCCCAAAGGUGAAUCUGCUGAAGGAUAAAAGCCACUUGUGAGCUACUUCAGGGAAGUCUUGAGUAACCAAUGGAGUGUCAAGGACACUGAAGGAGUCCCACACAAAGAGUCCUAAGGACUUUUCUCACUACAAUACAGAGCAAGACUUUGUGUCUUGUUUCCCAGGAGCUUUCUAGCAAUUAAUCUCCCCACCCAACAUUCAGUGUAGACAUUUGUCCUCUACAGCUUCAGUGUCUCACCUGCAGUGAGAUUCCAUCU